ACUCUCAAAUCUCAAAGUGAACUGAGCCCCGCCCCCGCUUUCUUCCAUAGCUUAUUUUGAUUCCUCUUUAGAAAAGAGAAGAAAGUAAGAAAGGAAGCUGUGUAUUGAUAUUGAUGCUUCUGCUCAGCAAUCACGAAUUUGUUUACCGUCUAGGGUUCAUGGUUGCUUGUAGUUGUUUUGACUUUUGAAUUCGACUUAGCAGCUGCUGUGCUCAAGGAUUGCGAAUGAUGCUUUUCUCUGCGCUUCUUACUUCAGUUGGAAUCAACCUCGGCCUUUGCGUCUUGUUCUUCAUUUUGUAUUCUGUACUGAGGAAGCAGCCGGGCAAUGCCGACGUUUAUGCUCCGCGCUUACUUGCCGAUGGGAAAUCUCAGCGGAGAGUUCAUUUUGACUUGGAUAGAUUACUGCCGUCUGCUGGUUGGAUUACAGGGGCCUGGCGACCCUCAGAAGCUGAGCUCUUGUCGGUUUCCGGUUUGGACGCUGUAGUUUUCAUGCGAAUUUUUAUAUUCAGCUUUAAAGUGUUUGCAUUUGCUACGGCAGUUGGGGUCUUCGUUCUCCUUCCCAUCAAUUACAUGGGGAAUCAGCUUAGUCUUGAUUUUACUGACCUACCAAACAAAUCCCUGGAAUCAUUUACUAUUUCAAAUGUUGGUGAUGGGUCAAACAGGUUAUGGAUUCACUUCUCUGCUAUGUAUGUGUUCACGGUGUUUGUUUGCUAUCUUCUUUAUGCUGAAUAUGACUAUAUUUCAUCAAAAAGGCUUGCUUCUUUCCAUUCAUCAAAACCUAAGCCACAUCAAUUUACGGUUUUAGUUAGAAGCAUUCCACCAUCCCCAGGGAAAAGCUACAGUGAUGUUGUUGAGAGCUUUUUCACGGAGUAUUAUCCUUCUACAUAUCUCUCCCACUGUGUUGUCCGCAGAAAAAACAAACUCAAAGGCCUCAUUAGUGAUAGAGCGGAACAAUCUUCAGUGGUGGUAAAGGAAGUGGCAGCGGCCUUUGUAUCUUUCAAAACACGGUUUGGGGCAGCAGUAGCUUUGCACAUUCGGCAAGGCAUAAAGCCCACAGAAUGGGUUACUGAGCCAGCUCCAGAUCCAGAGGAUGUAUAUUGGCCCUUUUUUUCAGCAUCAUUUGCUCAAAGAUGGUUGUUCAAUGUUGCUGUUUAUAUUGCAUGUGUUGUUCUCACAGUUCUGUUCCUUGGACCUGUUCUCCUAGUGCAAGGUCUUACCCAUCUGGAACAGCUGGAGAUUUGGUUUCCCUCUCUAAAAAGUGUAUUGGAAGUAAAAUUUGUUAGUCAAGUGAUUACAGGAUAUCUGCCUAGUCUCAUUCUUCAGAUGUUUCUCUCACUAGUGCCACCCAUUAUGAUGAUUUUCUCAUCCAUACAAGGUUAUAUUGCACUGAGUCAGAUUGGAAGAAGUGCGUGCUUCAAAGUUCUGUGGUUUACAAUUUGGAACAUUUUCUUUGCAAAUGUUUUAUCUGGGUCGGUUCUUUACCGUGUUAAAAUAUUUCUUGAGCUGAAGAACAUCCCUAGCAUAUUAGCCGUAGGAGUUCCGAGUCAGGCAUCUUUCUUCAUUGCCUAUGUUGUGACAUCUGGAUGGACCAGCACAGCCUCUGAAGUUUUUCGGCUAAAACCUUUUCUUUCAAGUUUUUUUAAGAAGAGGUUUUGCAAAGCAUCUAAUGAAGAUUUUGAGGUUCCAUCAAUGCCAUACCACAGAGAAAUUCCACGACUUCUUUUAUUUGGUCUUGUUGGUGUAAUAUACUUCUUCUUAGCGCCCCUAAUCUUGCCAUUUAUUGUUCUUUACUUCUGUUUGGGAUACGUCAUUUAUCGCCACCAGCUACUAAAUGUAUACGCACCCAAAUACGAGACAGGUGGACAAUUUUGGCCUAUAGUGCAUGAUUCAACAAUAGUUUCAUUGAUUCUGAUGCAUGUUAUUGCCAUUGGAAUAUUUGGGUUAAAGAAGCUUUCAUUAGCUUCCAGCUUAACCAUCCCUCUUCCAAUCCUCACUCUUAUUUUUAAUAGCUACUGCCGGAGAAGAUUCUUACCGAUAUUCUCGUCUUUUUCCGCUGAGAGUUUAAUAAUGAAGGACAGAAGUGAUGAAAAAGAUCCUACAGUAUCCGCUUUUCACAAUGAACUUGCGACUGCCUAUGAAGAUCCAUCUCUAAUGCCAGCCAGUUAUACUGGAAACAAUAACACACAUACAACUCCACUUCUCCAUACGCUAUAGGCCGACAGUCGAAAGGUAAAUGGUUAAAACUACAAAUCGUUGCAUGGAAGCUGUGGUCACUUGGAAGCUGUGGUCACUUGUAACUUGUAAGGUACUCUGCUAGAGAGAUACCGAAGCUGUGGAGGAGAAAAAGUGUUUUUUGUGUGUUUUCUCUGCCCUACACCAUUGUAAAAUAUUUGAUAUUCCAUGCGUAUUUCAUUUACUUUCUAUUGACAUUAAGCUUUUAUUGUACACUGUCUUAUGUAAUUUACAGGUUUUUUUUUUCUUUGUAUGUAUACCAGUCAUGCUUUCAUUUUCA